UCAUUAACUCACUCUAGUUAAUUCCCAGACUCGCUUUCGUCUUGCUUUAUCUCUCGAACACACAGUAUUGCAGGCUGAGCUUGCACCAAUCAAUGGCGGCUCAGGUUCAACUCCAAACACAGAAGCCAUCACUCCCGGCUCGGCUCAACUCCUUCGUGGCUACCAGCCGAGUCGGCAAGCGGUUCAAGCUCACCGAGCGAAAUACCAGCUUCACCACCGAGCUCCGAGCUGGCACCGCCACCUUCCUCACCAUGGCUUACAUUCUAGCCGUCAACGCCAGCAUCCUCGCUGACUCUGGUGGCACCUGCAGCGUCUACGAUUGCCUGCCUCUCUGCUCCGACCCCAACAUCCCCCUUUCUCGUUGCACCGCCCCGACCCACCAUAUCAUCCAACCCGACGCCUCCUGCAAGUUCCCUCCGGUCAACCCGGGUUACGCCGCUUGCCUGCAGAAAACCCGAAAGGACCUCAUCGUCGCCACCGCAGCGUCGUCUCUCAUUGGCUGUGCCAUCAUGGGCAUCUCUGCGAACCUGCCUUUGGCUUUAGCCCCGGGCAUGGGUGCCAAUGCCUACUUCGCUUACUCUGUUGUCGGGUUUCACGGGUCAGGUGAUAUAUCCUACGAAACUGCUUUGACCGCAAUCUUCAUGGAAGGUUUAAUCUUCUUCCUUAUCUCCGCCGUCGGCUUUCGGGCCAAACUCGCCAAACUCGUCCCCAGACCCGUCCGAGUUUCUUCCCCGGCAGGAAUCGGUCUUUUUCUCGCCUUCAUUGGGCUUCAGAACAAUCAAGGAAUUGGGCUCAUCGGGUACAGCCCAUCAACCUUAGUCACGCUCGGAGCCUGCCCGAGAUCCUCCCGGGCAGCGUUAGCUCCGGUUGUAACGGCAACUAACGGAACCAUUACUCUCCUGCCAGGUGGCUCAAUAUCAGAUGACAUACUGUGUUUGAACCAUAGAAUGGAGAGUCCGACAUUCUGGCUGGGAAUGGUUGGGUUUGUAAUUAUAGCAUAUUGCUUAGUGAAAAACAUUAAGGGGGCGAUGAUAUACGGUGUCGUUUUCGUAACCGUGAUAUCGUGGAUCCGUAACACGUCCGUAACGGCAUUUCCCAAUACCGAGUUUGGAGAUUCAGCGUACGGGUACUUUAAGAAGGUAGUUGAGGUGCACGUGAUCGAAAGCACGUUAGGUGUCUUAAAAUUCAAGGGUAUGGAUAAGGGAAGCUUUUGGGAGGCAUUGUUCACGUUUUUGUAUGUGGACAUUUUGGACACAACAGGCACAUUAUAUUCAAUGGCCAGAUUUGCAGGAUUUAUUGAUUUGAACGGUGACUUCGAGGGUCAAUAUUUCGCCUUCAUGUCCGACGCUGCGUCCAUCGUUGUCGGGUCCCUUUUAGGCACUUCACCGGUAACGACGUUCAUCGAAUCGUCAACGGGGAUCCGGGAAGGAGGACGGACAGGUCUAACAGCGUUAACAGUGUCAAUGUAUUUUUUCAUGGCAUUGUUCUUUACACCGUUGUUGGCGUCAAUACCAGCAUGGGCGGUCGGGCCACCGUUGAUCUUGGUGGGGGUGAUGAUGAUGAGAUGUGUGGUGGAGAUUAAGUGGGAUGACAUGAGAGAAGCGAUACCAGCGUUUGUGACAAUACUAAUGAUGCCAUUGACGUAUUCUAUAGCCUAUGGUUUGAUUGGUGGGAUUGGGACGUAUGUAGUGUUGCACGCAUGGGAUUGGGGAGAGGAAUUAGUGAAAAGAUAUGUGAUAAAUAAGGGAAAUGGAGAAGAUAAUAAAGUGGUUCAAGUACUGUAGAUGAAUAUGCAAUAUAUAGUUUCGUUAUAUAAUUAAUAAAUUAAUCCUAUUUAGAAAUAAUA